AUGAAAUCCGUUACAACAGAUUCUGAAACUGCAGCACAACAUGGUUUAAACAGUUCACCAACAAAUUUCGCAUCUUCUACAUCAGCAUCAACAAAAGUUUCCACUGCCGACAACACUUCUGAGCUAUAUUCUCAUCGUAAAAGUCAUGACGAAAUUGAUGAAAAAUGCAGCCAAGAACGUCGACUGUCUGGAAUUCGGACAUUUAUUUUGGAGAAUCUUUCUACUGAUGCAAAAGCACGUUAUUUUAAAGAAAUUAUUGACUACAGUAUUCCACUAAACGAUGAACAAAUACCUGAACCAGCAAAAGGUCUACCAAAA